AUGCUUCCAAACAAUUCUCAAGCUCCGAUUAGCAAAAAUUCCAAUCAGUUUGGAAUUACUCAAGUCUGUGAUGCUUCGGCUUUGCAAGAAUGUUUCAAGCGCAAUCCAACAAAUAGACAAGAGAAAUGCAAAGCGGAACUUGAGGAAUUUAAGAGAGCUUGUGAAGAGAAAGCAAAAGAAUUCAAACAACGAACAUCAAAUAACGGAUCUGGUGCCACUCAUAUUGAAAAGGAUUGUGAAUCGGGAUAUUGUAAUGUGGACAUUAACAAACUGUAG